AUGACAGAUGCGAUAGGAGAUAGCCACGUUCACACACUCGAGGAAAUUAGCGUUGAAAUAUCUUUGAACGAUAAGGCAAAUAAAAUAGCAUAUUUUCCGCAAUUGGUGAAUCAAUCAAAACCGAUAAAUUCACAAUCCCGAUUUUUGGGUAAUAAUUAUUUAGAAGACGAGGAAGGUUUGGAGGAAUUGGUUAUAAAUGAGACAGAAGAAUUCUUAGAAAACUUGAUGCAUGAAGAACGACCAGAGUCCGCAUUUUAUGCUAUAUCGAGACCAGAUGUUACACCGGGUCUAUUUGGUGCUGGAAUUUUUCAACCACCAGAAAACAUCUACAAGCUUUUCAAGUAUAAUUCUCAAGUAAAUGAAACUUUGGAGGAAAAGAAUAGUUCAGUCAUCAAGGUCACAAAGACUAGAACUCGAAAAAACCCGUCUAUACCUUCGAGUAAGCCGAAAGGCAAGAAACCCAUGAAACAGGAGCUCUCAAGUAAUGAAGAUAAGAUGGAUGCUGAUAAUGGACAUGUGAAAAAACAAUCAAAACGACAACUAAUUGAAGUAAAACCAAAGAAGCGUACAAAUAAACCUAAACCUUCCGAAUGUCAUUUGCCUUCCAAAAAGGAAAUAGGGAUAAUUGAGAAGGUUCAGAGAAUGAUAGAAAAACGUAAACGUCGCAAGGAAUUGAAAGAAAAAAGAAACGUUAUCAAGGAGAGUAUUAAUAACGUGAUCGGUUCACCAUCACCAAAAAACACAUCCAUCAAAAAUAUCAAAAUAAAAAGAGGAGAUUUUGAUGACGCCUCGAUCAGUCCAGCGCUGUCAAAGAACACGCUCACAAAAACUAUCAAAGCGAAAAGGGAUUUUGAUGACUCCUCUUCGACCAGUUCGCUGUCAUCAUCCUCAAGCGAAUCGUCAUCGAAAAGAAAACGCAGGCUUGAUAGAUUUUCCAGGAGUUCUUCAACUUCGUCAACCGUAAAAUCAGCCAAGACCAGUUCACUAAAAAAGAAACAAAAGAAAACUCAUGGAAAUCACGAAUCGGAAAGCUCAACAGAAAAGGCGUCCAUGGCAGUACUUUCUUCAGAUUCGACUGUAUGA